AUGUCGAAAGAACUUGCCAUCCCAGAUGUACAUAAAUCGCUUGCCAGCACCAUUGUACAGUCAUCUAUCAGGUUCGCGGCGGGAGUGCUGUAUUGUGCAUGGGACAUGUCCGAGGGUGCAACGGACGCGAUCUGUAUCAAAGUCGAUGGUGGACGUAUCGCUCUUCGAGGGGUUGGUGUCUAUCUUCACGCAGAACAAGUGAGGCGGGUGUGGCAGUGCGAGAUUUAUGUGCUACGCGAAGGUGAUCAGUUCUCCCUGUUGGCAAAAACUUCAUGUGAGUUGAACAGCGGUGGUACGGCGGACACUGGCGUUAUUCUCUUGCCGGAAUCGAUCACGCUGGCUGCAGGGGUUACCUAUGCUAUCAAGGUAUGGACGCCGGAGAACGGGAAGACCUACUGUGGGGAAGGAGGCGUUAACUAUAUCCGCUUGAACAACGGCGCUCGAGUCACAUUCUCGUCGUGUUCGCUGAGUGAGAAUGGCACUUCAUUGCAACGUGGACAAAUACCAUACUUCCUGUAUUCUGUAGUGGAAACGGAGAAAUCAGAGAAUACAGAGCUGAAAGAAGAGGUGCAUAAGUCGUACGUAUUGCUUCUACGGCUUUUGUCCAACAAAAUCGGGGCGUUUCUCGUGAAUGGUCAUAUCCCACAAUGUGCCAAGUGA